CCGCCGCCCGCGGUCGAGGGAGCUGAGGCGCCGGCCGGAGCCGCGGAGGGCGCUGGGCGCGGCGCCCGCCUCCCCCUCGCUCCCGGCGGCGAGCGGCGAGCGGCGGGGGCGGCCAAUGCGAAACUGGCUGGUGCUGCUGUGCCCGUGCGUGCUCGGGGCCGCGCUGCACCUCUGGCUGCGGCUGCGCUCCGCGCCGCCCGCCCGCGCCUCGGGGGCCGGCCCGGCAGAUCAGUCGGCCUCAUUGCCUCAGUGGAAAUCCAGUCACUAUGAUGUAGUUGUUGGUGUGUUGUCAGCUCGCCAUAACCACGAACUUCGAGAUGUGAUAAGAAACACCUGGUUGAAGCAUUUGAUUCAACAUCCAGGGUUGAGUCAACGUGUGCUCGUGAAGUUCAUAAUCGGUGCUCGUGGCUGUGAGGUGCCUGUGGAAGACAGGGAGGACCCCUACUCCUGCCGACUGCUCAACAUCACACACCCAGUUUUGAAUCAGGAAAUUGAAGCGUUUGGGCUUUCGGAAGACACCUCGUCAGGGCUGUCUGAGGACCGGGUUGUCAGCGUGAGCUUCCGCGUUCUCUACCCCAUCGUGAUCACCAGUCUCGGCGUGUUCUCCGAUGCUGGCGACGAGGGCUUUCAGAGAAACAUCACGGUCAAGCUCUAUCAGGCAGAGCAGGAGGAGGCGCUCUUUGUGGCUCGCUUCAGUCCUCCCAGCUGUGGCGUUCAGGUGAACAAGCUGUGGUAUAAACCCGUGGAGCAGUUCAUCUUACCAGAGAGUUUUGAAGGUACCAUCGUGUGGGAGAGCCAAGACCUCCACGGCCUUGUGUCAAGAAACCUUCACCGAGUGACAGUGAAUGACGGAGGGGGCGUCCUCCGGGUCCUCACGGCCGCAGAGGGCGCGCUGCCUCCCGAGUUCCUCGAGGGUGUGGAGGGGGUCGCGGGUGGCUUCAUCUACACCAUUCAGGAAGCUGAUGCCCUGUUGCACAGCCUUCACUCUCGGCCGCAGAGGCUGGAGGAGCACGCGAGGAGCCUCCGCGAGGAAGACGCCUUACUGCAGCAGGAGAGCAGCACCUACGAGGACAUUGUCUUUGUAGAUGUUGUUGACACUUACCGAAAUGUUCCUGCAAAACUACUGAACUUCUACCGGUGCAGGACCGUGGAGGCCACCAGCUUCGCCUUGCUGCUGAAGACGGAUGAUGACUGCUACAUAGACUUGGAAGCUGUGUUCGACAGAAUUGCCCACAAGAAUCUGGAGGGGCCGAAUGUCUGGUGGGGAAAUUUCAGGUUGAACUGGGCGGUGGACCGGACGGGGAAGUGGCAGGAGCUGGAGUACCCCAGCCCCGCGUACCCGGCCUUUGCCUGCGGCUCGGGGUACGUGAUCUCCAGGGACAUCGUCGAGUGGCUGGCCCGCAACUCAGGGAGGCUGAAGACCUACCAGGGUGAAGACGUGAGCAUGGGCAUUUGGAUGGCAGCCAUAGGACCUAAGCGACACCAGGACGGCCUGUGGCUGUGCGAGAAGGCGUGCGAGCCGGGCAUGCUGUCCUCCCCGCAGUACUCGCCGCGGGAGCUGCGGGAGCUGUGGGAGCUGAAGGAGCUGUGCGGGGACCCCUGCCGCUGCGAGGCCCGGGCGCGGUGAGCUGAGGAGCGGCGCAGCACUGCCACCUCCAGAGGAAAGGCGCCGUGCUCCAGUCGUUCUCGACGGUUCCCUGCUGGCGCGUUAACCUGUAAGCAGUGUGCGUGUCUUAAUGUUUGCACAAAUCUCCUCAAGUCAACUCCUACUGGAGCAUAAGCAAAGUUUUUACAUAUAUGUCGAAAGUUUUUAGAAAUACCAAAUUUUUUAUAAAAGGAGAAACAUUUCUAAGUCCUGACGCAGUGUUAUUAGAACUCCAGCGUUAUUAUUUUUGGUUAAAACAGGGCCCAGGUUCUGAAAUUUUGAGUAGUAACCCAGUUUGGAUCGCAGCUUGGGUUAUAAAAAUAGCUGUGAGUAGCCUAAUCAGGACGAGGGCAGGC